AUGCUCUUAGGUAUCUAUUACAAAUGCCCUAAUCCUGGGGUAUCUGAUCCUCUCUAUGAUUAUACAAGUUUUCUUAACUGUGAUAAUGAUGUUGCUUGGCCAAGUUACUUUCUCGUGUCCUCUUCAUAUCCUGUGGAUAGAGCUAGGUUAAGACUAAGAGCAUCGUGUGGAAGAAACGUCAAUAUUCCGGUCUCUCGAUCUGCCUUGAUGAGGGUAGAAGAUGGAUAUCAGAGUAUGGAGACUCUAAGGAUGGUUCUUGAUAUGGGUUUCAACCUUAGACUCAACAGUGACUGUUCGCAAUGCGUAACAUCAGGAGGAGCUUUUGUGGUCAUAAUGACAGCUCGAGAGCAUUCGUCUGCUACUGUAUGGACCACCCUCAUGAGCAUACUUGCAAUUCUGAGAUACUAA